AUGGUAGACAGAGAUCCAGGGUCGCCCACCUGGAAGUUCACACAAUGCUUUGGUGAUAAAGGUGACGUAGAAGAUAUCACAGAGGCGGACAUUAUUUCAACCGUCGAGUUCGACCAUACCGGUAACUACCUCGCUACGGGAGACAAGGGUGGACGAGUGGUGCUGUUUGAGCGUAAUGAAACGAAAAAAACCUGCGAAUAUAAGUUCCACACCGAGUUCCAGUCACACGAGCCGGAAUUCGACUAUCUCAAAUCUUUAGAGAUCGAAGAGAAAAUCAACAAGAUAAAAUGGUGCCGCCGACAAAAUGCAUCCCACUUCCUCCUCUCGACCAACGACAAGACAAUAAAGCUGUGGAAGGUGUUUGACAAGUCCUUGAAGGUGGUUGCCGAGAACAACUUAUCAAACGAACUUACGCCAGCGGGCGCCGUGGGUGGCGGUGGCAUGCCCCGGGCACCCCGGCUCUCCUUCAAGGACCCCUCCGCGCUGAAGCUCCCGCGCAUGACGCACCAUGACACCGUGGUGGCCGCCGUCCCACGGAGAACGUACGCCAACGCCCACGCCUACCAUAUCAACAGCAUCUCCGUCAACAGCGAUGGCGAGACGUUCAUCAGCAGUGAUGACUUGCGAGUCAACCUGUGGAAUCUCAAUAUUCAGGAUCAGAGCUUCAACAUUGUCGAUAUCAAGCCGGCAAACAUGGAGGAGUUGACCGAAGUGAUCACGGCGGCAGAGUUCCACCCCGUCGGCUGUAACUGGUUUAUGUACGCUAGUUCCAAGGGCACAAUCAAGCUGGCCGAUAUGCGGGAGCGGGCGCUGUGCGACGAGCACGCCAAACUGUUCGAACAAGAGGAGGACGCCUCCUCGCGCUCCUUCUUCUCCGAGAUCAUCUCUUCCAUCUCCGACGUGCGAUUCUCCCAUGACGGUCGGUACAUCGUGUCCCGCGACUAUCUGACCGUGAAGAUCUGGGACGUCAACAUGGAACGACAACCGGUGAAGACGAUCCCAAUCCACGAACACCUGCGGCCGCGCUUGUGUGAUACGUACGAGAACGACAGCAUCUUUGACAAGUUUGAGGUGGUCUUUUCGGGAGAUGCGGAGAAUGUCAUGACGGGCAGCUACAACAACAACUUUAUGAUCUACCCGAAAGAAGACGACAAGGAGACGGAGAUUGUGCUGCAGGCGGACAAGUCGGCUUUCAAGGCCAAGAAGGUUGGCGUGCCGACCCCGAUGAACAAGGCAGGGAAUGGCAAGAAGGCCGGCUCGCGGUCCGGCAGCCCUGCAGGUCCGGGCAGUCGGAUGAAGAAGGAGACCGAUGCCGACCAGAUUGAUUUCAACAAGAAGAUCCUGCACAUGAGUUGGCAUCCCUUCGAGGACAGUAUUGCCAUUGCUGCUACGAACAACCUCUUUGUUUUCUCUGCUCUGUAA